CUCUCACUAAAACUUCACACCAUUUCCUCUGUUUUCAAGCUUGAGAGAAAACCAAAACAGCUUCAUCAAUGGCGUCUAAUUGCUUGAACAUUUCAAUAAAUGCUCAUGAAAUGGAUGAAAUGAGAUGGAAGAAAGGGCAGGAAGAAUAUACCCUUGAUGGAACAGUUGAUCGGCAUGGUUCUCCAGCAGUUCGAGGAAAAACUGGAAGAUGGGUCGCUGGAAUUUUGAUUCUUGUGAAUCAAGGAUUGGCGACACUUGCCUUUUUUGGGGUAGGUGUCAAUUUGGUGUUGUUCUUGACUAGAGUCAUGGGACAAGAUAAUGCGGCAGCCGCUAAUAACGUCAGCAAAUGGACUGGCACCGUUUAUAUUUUCUCUCUUCUUGGUGCCUUUCUUAGUGAUUCUUAUUGGGGUCGUUACAAAACUUGCGCCAUCUUUCAGGCCAUCUUUGUCAUUGGAUUGGCGUCACUAUCGAUCUUAACAUAUGCAUUCCUAGUAGUGAAGCCAAAGGGGUGCGGUGACGAGCACAAUCCAUGUGGGUCUCACUCGAGUUUCCACGUGGCGUUAUUCUACAUGUCGAUUUACCUAAUUGCUCUAGGAAACGGAGGGUAUCAACCGAACAUUGCGACGUUUGGGGCGGAUCAAUUCGAUGAAGAGAGUCCUAAAGAAGGGCACUCGAAAGUGGCUUUCUUUAGCUAUUUCUAUUUGGCACUUAAUCUUGGAUCACUAUUCUCAAAUACUAUUUUGGGUUAUUUUGAAGACGAGGGAAUUUGGGUUAUUGGGUUUUGGGCAUCGGCUGGUUCUGCCUUUUUGGCUUUGGUUUUGUUUCUAAUUGGGACUCCUAGAUAUAGGCAUUUUGUACCACAAGGAAAUCCACUUUCUAGAUUCUUCCAAGUUAUGGUUGCAUCCAUUAGAAAAUGGAAGGCACAAGUUCCUAAUUCUUCGGUCGAAUUGUAUGGAGGCGUAAAAGAAGAUCGUUCCAACGAUGACGGUUGUAUCGGAUCGGGUAGCAAGAAACUCCUCCACACCCCGGGAUUCAAGUUUUUAGAUAGAGCAGCAGUAAUAACAUCAAUAGAAGACAAUGAUUUAAAAGUAAAUCCAUGGCUUCUAUGUCCAGUAUCACAAAUAGAAGAAGUGAAAUGUAUAUUAAGACUUCUCCCAAUUUGGUUAUGCACAAUCCUAUACUCAGUUGUUUUCACCCAAAUGGCUUCCCUUUUCGUUGAACAAGGAUCCGCCAUGAGAACAACGGUCGCCGGUUUUCAUAUCCCUCCAGCCAGCAUGUCGAGUUUCGACAUUAUCAGUGUAGCCGCCUUCAUUUUCCUCUAUAGAAGAAUCAUCGAUCCCACAGUAGCCAAGUUUAGAAAAGAGAGCAUGACAGAGCUUCAGAGAAUGGGAACAGGGUUGAUAAUCGCAAUUCUAGCAAUGGUGGCGGCGGGUGUGGUUGAGCAAUUUAGGUUGAAGGGAAUUGGCAGCGAUGGGGCGAGUUCAAUGAGUAUAUUUUGGCAGGUUCCUCAAUAUGUUUUGAUUGGAGCAUCCGAGGUUUUUAUGUAUGUUGGACAGCUUGAGUUUUUCAAUGCGGAGGCGCCGGAUGGGCUUAAGAGUUUUGGGAGUGCGCUUUGUAUGACUUCGAUAUCGCUUGGGAAUUAUGUUAGUAGUAUGUUGGUUAGUAUUGUGAUGAAGAUAUCUAGUUCGGGUGAAAUGCCGGGUUGGAUUCCAGGGAAUUUGAAUGAAGGACAUCUUGAUAGGUUUUAUUUCUUGUUGGCGGUUUUGACUGCUGUGGAUUUUGGUGUUUAUGUUAUGUGCUCUAGAUGGUAUACCAUGAGUAGAAAAGGGAAGAAGGAGAAGAUUCAGAUGGAGGUUUGAAUGUGAAGAAGAUAUGCAUGGUGGCUGGUGGGUGGGUGAUGUUAAUUAUAGUAAUAAAUAAAGUGGCCGGACUGUUGGAGAAGUUGAUCGGAGAAGAUGACCGGAGAAGGAGAAAUGGUAGGGUUUUGUGAUGUUUUCGCUGUGAAAUGCAGAGGGUUUUUGUGGGUUUUUACCAUGAUUAAUUCUUUGUGUGGAGCUUAGACUUCUUUUAGAGUUAUAUAGUGAUGGGGGAAUGACAAUGGAGAUGUUUUUUUAUGU